AUGUCGGCAGAGAUUGUGCCACUCCAGAACGACGCCUCUCAACGCAACGUGUACAGUCUGGCCAAGGCCACUCACGACAGGAUCAAGGCCCUUGAAGACGUGAUGGGCCGAGUGAAUAGCGGAACGCAGUCACUGGUCUCAAAGACUUCUACUAUAGAGCGCAGACUACCUACGUCGUCGCCGCUAGCCAGAACCUCCUCCGUCGCUGAGCUGAAGUCACCUUUCAGGACCACACAGCAGACGCCGACGAAGGGGUUUCCACCAGUGCACUCGAUCGUACUACACUCACGUCGAUUUUCCCUGGGAGGCGCGCCGCCGCGACCUCUGUUCCAACCGACUCCGGCCAAGUCGCUGUCACAGACCCCUGUCAAGUCAUCGUCACAGCAGUCGCCGGCUACCGGGUUGUAG